UUUAGAGAGAUUUGAACGCUUCCUGGUUUAACACGUUGUAAUAGUUCUAUUACAUACUGUACUGUACCUCACCAGGAGGCUUAGUAGCCUAUUAUACCGUGUUAGAAAUAGCACCAAAUCGGACACCGAAUAGGCGCUUCGUUCCCCCCUGUCCUCCACUUUUGACAGAACGCCCCGAGCGCACUUUUAAUGAUGCGUAACUGACGCGCGGUCAUCAACCGACAUUCUUCCUGAUGUCACUUCUCAACAUGCGGACCACCUGUUUUAUGGCCGUGAUCUUGUGGCUCACAACUGGUUCAUCUCGUUGUCAAACACCAAUUCCCAAUGUUCACGGAGGGUUAGGUGCAGUUCUGGGGGUGUCCAACGCCAGCGUCCUCCUGCAAGACCCCAGCUCUGAGACACUCUACCUGGGAGCCAGAGGCUCCAUUCUGGCACUGCACACCUCCAACCUCACCUGGAAACACCCAUCAAUUAAGUGGGAGGCAACAGAAGAGGAGAGGAAGUCCUGUAUGGGUAAAGGCAAGAGAGUGGAUGACUGUUAUAACUACAUCUGUCUGCUGGAGGUUCUGAAGGAUGGAAGGAUCUACGUCUGUGGCUCCUACGCCUACAAUCCCAAGUGUGCUUUCAUAGACCCAGUGACGUUUGUCCUAGUGAAGGAAGGUGGUGACAAAGUGAAGAUGGAGAAUGGGAAGGGGAAAUGUCCUUAUGAUCCCAGACAACCUCACACGGCUGUUACUGCAGAUGGAGUGCUGUACACCGCCUCCCCUUCUAACUUCCUGGGCACGAUGUUUGACAUCACCAGGGCAACAGGUCAAGAGGUGCACGUGCAUCAGUCCAUCAACUGGCUCAGUGAUCCAGAGUUUGUGAGUUCGGCCCUGGUCAGGGAGAGUCCUGGAGAUGAUGAUAAAAUCUACUUCUUCUUCAUGGAGAACGCCUUAGAGUACGACCUUUACACCAAGGUCAGGGUCACACGGUUGGCCAGAGUCUGCAAGGGAGACGUGGGGGGCUCUAAGACCCUGCAGAAGCGCUGGACCAGUUUCCUGAAGGCUCAGCUGGUGUGUCAGGACCGGGACAGUGGCCAUCACUACACCGUCCUGACCCACGCCUACCCCCUGGAACACCGCCUGGGAGACCCCAGCAGCACACACUUCUACACCCUCUUCACCUCCCAGGGGAAAGGAGAGCGUGUGUCAGCAGUGUGUGUGUACAGCCUGACUGACAUCACCAAGGUGUUUGCGACGGGAGGCUUCAGAGAUAUGAAGAGGAACUGUGUGAACAGUGGGAACUCUGAGUCUGUACCCGACCCCCGACCUGGACAGUGUAUCAACCAUGUCCUGAGAGCCCAGGGUUACAACUCCUCCUUCGACAUGCCCGACCGCGUGCUGCAGUUUGCCAAGGAACAUCCUCUGUUGACGAACACUGUGGACGCAGCGCCCCUUCUGGUGAGGAGGGGAACCACAUACACCAGGAUCACAGCUACCAACAUCUCCAACAGUGAUGCUGCCCUACUACAUCUGGGAACAGAUCAGGGGGAGUUACACAGUGUGUCUAUCGUUGGUCGUACUGCUACUCUGCUGCAGGAGAUCCCUCUGACAACCUCAGUAGAGCCCAUCAACAACAUCCUCAUACACCAGGGCAAUGUGGUGGUGGGCUCCCCAUCCUCUCUGUCCCGUGUGCCAGUAGAGGGGUGCAGGGUGUACUCCAGCUGUCAGGUGUGUGCCCGGGCAGCAGGACUAGGUUGUGUGUGGGACGUCAACACGAGAGGCUGUGUUGCGGACUCUCCAGUGCAGAGGGAGUCAGAGGACCCUUUGAAGGUGUGUGGCACUGGAGAGGGUCGUUGUUCCCCUGAGGUGAAGGAGCUGCGUGUGAAGAAGGGCCUGGUGGUCCUCCUCCCCUGUGACCACCCCCAUCUCUCCCCUCUCCCCUGCAUCUGGGAGCACCCCCAGGGCCGCCACACCCUGAAGCACCACUCCCACCUGGAGGUCACUGUCUCCGAAUCCAGCCUGGGCCUCUACUCCUGCCGCUGCUCAGCCCAGGGUGAUUAUUCCUGGGGUAGCGAACCCUGCCUUACAGCCUCCUACCAGCUCACCAUGGAGGACCUCAGUGUCGAAGGCAGGGUGGACCCGGGGCUGUCGAGAUCACCGGUAUGGGUAUACAUCUCCUGUGUCCUGCUGGGGGUGCUGGUUGGAGCUUUAGGAGCAACUGUGUUCCUGAAGAGGCUUUGCUGGAGAGCAGCCCAGCACACCCCAUUAGAGGACAGAAAUGGGGGUGGAGCCAAUCAAGGACAGCAGGGGCGGGGCCCCACCUGUUAUGAGAAUAAGCUGGUGAUGGGUGACAUGUCGGUCGGCCAAUUGGGAGAGGGCGUUUUGUGAAGAGAUGUCCAGAAUUGACUUAAUUGAAGGGAGUGUUUUGCCAGGUACCGCUUAGAGACUGAGGCUUUCUUUCUUUCUGUGUCUCUUUCUGUCUCUCUGUGUGUGUCUCUUUCUCUGUGUCUCUCCCUCUGUGUCUCUCUGUGUCUCUGCUUCUGUGUCUCUGUCUCUGUGUCUCUCUCUGUGUCUCUCUCUGUCUCUCCCUCUGUGUCUCUCUGUGUCUCUGCUUCUGUGUCUCUGUCUCUCUCUCUGUGUCUCUCUGUGUCUCUCUCUCUCUCUGUGUCUCUCUCUGUGUCUCUCUGUCUCUGUGUCACUCUCUCUGUCUCUCUGUGUGUCUGUGUCUCUCUGUGUCUCUGUCUCUCUCUCUCUGUCUCUCUCUCUGUCUCUGUGUCUCUCUGUGUCUCUGUGUCGCUCUCUCUGUCUCUCUCGGUGUCUCUGUCUCUCUCGUUGUGUCUCUGUCUCUCUCUGUGUCUCUGUCUCUCGCUCUCUUUCUCUCUCUGUCUCUCUCUCUGUGUCUGUCUCUCUGUGUCUCUCUGUCUCUGUGUCUCUCUCUCUGUCUCUCUCUGUCUCUCUCUGUGUCUCUGUCUCUCUGUAACCAGGUUUCCAUCCAACCUUUUUAUUUGAGUAAAACAUGUCACGGCAGGCCUGAUGGAAACAGCACAUUUUUGGGUAAACUCGUUUAGUGUUGGUAAAGUGAAUUAUGUGAGAAACGGUGGUGGAAACACCACCUUUAUAGGCAGAUAUUGAUAUGAUAACCAUCAUAUCGUUGUGAUGUCAUGUUGUGUGGUCCUCACACUACUACUCAGGCAAGCAUACAGUUUAUUAGCCUACAGAUGAAAUAAGUAAUGAUGAACUUCACAGGGAGGUGAUGAACUUGAUGCUCCUUUCCAAUAAAUAUCCAGGGUCCUAUUCUGGUGACAUGAUGA